GGCGGUAGCGGUAGCGGUAGCGACGGUGGUGCCGGGACCACGCAGCUGGGGCUCGUGCUGCCGGCGGGAUCGGGGCCGGGUACGGCGAACCAGGAGAGCGUCCAUUCGGCAAAUGAAUUUGGCAAUUCGUGUCGGAUCUGUCGCUGGCAUCGAAGCGACAUGGAGAUUAUCAAUUGUCCAUGCAAAUGCAAAGGCAGCGUGGGCUACAUACAUUUGAAGUGCUUGAAACGCUGGAUCAUGCAUCGUCGCGAUAAUCGAUGCGAGAUCUGUCAUGCGCCAUACAAUAUAACUGCGGAGCGGGCGAGCCUAAAGCAAAUGAUACGCGCAUUCUGCUGCGGUCGCUGCUGUGGCAUGAUUGUAAAGCACGUGCUGUUCAGUGCCUCGCUAAUGCCGCUCGCCCAUGUCAUACUGCAGCAGGUGCUACAUUGCAUGGAUAAUUUGAAUCAGGGCAGCACCGAGCAGCUAACGGUACAGGAGGUGUUUGUCGCAUCCUGUGCACUGCUCACAUCCAGCGCCCUAUUCUUUCAUUUCUUUGAAUUCGUGACGACUCGCUUUCUGCUCAUUCGCAACAUAUUGCGCCAUUGGUGGAUGUUUGGCAGCACCAACGACUUUGGGAUCGUUGAGGUUGAAGACGAUUCAUUUGACCUGUUCUGAGAUAACCAAACCGCAAGCGGACAAUGCUCCUUCAGUAUAUCCGAAUUAUUUAGCAGCAAUAUCCAAAUUAUGAAGUUUAUCAAUAAAACAUGAGACUGGCAUUACAGCUUAAAUUCCAAAACUAUACAAAAAAAA